AUUUCACACGAAGUUCUCGAGGAGUUGCGCAGCAACGCAAAGAACGCCUGGUUAGUGGACCUGCUUCACGCCUUUAACAAGGGCGAUCUACAGAAGAUUGCCGCUCUCAAGCCUACCUGGACGCAAAACAAGGACCUGGCAGCUGCCGCCACAUUGCUGGAAGAGAAGGCCAGACUGCUGGCCCUGAUGGAACUGUUCUUCCGCCGACCUCCCAACAAGCGUACUGUCAGCUUCGAGGAUAUUGCAAAGGCCACCGGCACCACUAUUGAUAAGGUGGAGUUCACUGUUAUGCGGGCGCUCUCCCUCAACCUCAUGAAGGGCCGCAUUGACGAGGUGAAGAAUACAGUGUCGCUGGUCUGGCUUCAGCCCCGCGUUCUUGAUCUCGAUCAGAUCACCAGUAUGGCCGAACGCCUUAAAACCUGGAAUGCUGCCGUGGAGACGACAAGGGACCUGGUGGCUGUGGACGCAAAGGCGAUUUUCGUUUGA